CUGUUUUCGCUUUAGUUUCGAUGAAACUACGCGAGCACACGUUCACCACAGCCCACUGGUUUCUUUUUUCGUCCUUCAACCGCUCACUGCUCACUAGAUUUACGUGGUAGGUGCAACAUGUAGUGCUUUCGUUUCGUUGUCUCUUCUAUUAAACAGUCAGUGGAGGAGAGAGAAUAGCGCUGAAGAGGCUCGAUGAAUAAAUCGCAAACCUCAACGCGGCAUCCGCGCCUCUGCCUUCACCCUUGUGACUUAAGAACACUGUUGAUUUAUACUUAAAACGCUGCAUCGGAGGAUAAUGGGAAUCUGCCUCGAUACAGAGCAAAGUGAUGGUUCUCAAACAUUCGAGGAAGGACAGGAAAGUUGGGCUAAAAAUUCACCACGUAAUAACCGAAACGCUGCUACACCCCCGGCAGGGCAAUUUCCAAUGCAUAAUGGAACUAAUAUACAGUUUGAAUCGCCUAAAGUGCCUGUCAUAUUUGUACUUGGUGGUCCUGGGAGCGGUAAGGUAACCCAUUGCGAUAACCUGAUGCAGGAAAAAAAUGGCGUCACCCACAUCAACAUGACCGAUCUGCUCCAACAGUACGCAAUCGGCAACGAAAUGCCCGAUUUCGGAAUGUUGUCCAGCAAAACGGUCACGGAGGUGCUCAUGCUGGAAAUGAGGAUGGCACCCAAUGCAAAAACUUAUCUUGUAUCCGGUUAUCCGAGGAACAUGAGGGACGUUGUGGAGUAUUCGGAAAAGAUUCAAAUGGUGAACGGUGUGAUAUUAAUAUCCUGGAGACAAAAGGUUUUGGAACGACAGAUAGAUUAUGGUGCCAAAUUAGGACAAGUGGUUCUUUCCCUGGCCAGGAUGGAACUCAAUAAUUUUUAUAAAAAUGUUAUGCCUGUUGCGGAGUACUUCGACCAAAGCAAUAUGCUCAUAUCGAUAAAUGGCGAAAGACCCCCUGGAGAUGUAUAUAGAGACUUUAGAUCGUCGGUGUUCAGGAUACUCGGGAUGCAGGACAAUCCCCCUGUAUUCGGUAACGGAACCAGCACCCCUGUACCUGAUGAUGUCACAACAGAACUUCCAAAAAUGCCGUCUGUACAGGUGUCGUCACCAAUUGUAAAUACCCCCCCGAAAGCCGAUAGGUUGGUGAUUUCCCCUCCCAGACCAGCCACCCAAGUUAUUUCAGUCAAUCCGACUGUCAAAAACUACGUAUCGCCGACCAAAGAGCACUAUCCUCCAGUAUUAUGGGUGAUAGGCGGUCCAGGAAGUAAUAAAGCAGCCCUAUGCGCAGCAGCAUCGAAAGACACGGGUUGGACGCACAUCAGUCUGGGUAAGUUGAUGCGGGCUGAGGCCGAAACUCCGGUGAGUCCGAGGCAAAACCCUGAAAUACACAAGCUCAGGGACAGCAUAAGCAAUGGCGAAAUGGUACCAUUGGAUAUUGUGAUGAAAUACGUCGAAACCAACAUGAACCAGAACGUGGAGGCCGAGGGAAUCAUUUUGGAUGGUUUUCCGAGGGACAUGACGCAAACCACGGAGUUUGAGUCAAAGUUUAAACAAAAACCAACUAUAAUCCUACUGGACUGCUCCAAGUUGCAAUUCGGACGUGGAAGACUAGAUGACAGCGUUACUGCUUUCAGAAGAAGAUUGGAAAUUUUUAGGCAAGCGUCUCUUCCAAUGCUCAAGGCUAUGGAUAAUAUUGGAAGAUUAACAAUAGUAGACGGUGACACUGACACGGCCCCUGUACAAGAAGACUUCAGAAACGUCGUAAAACAACAUAUCGAGUAUAUAAAAUCUAGUGCGUCGGAAACUGCCACCGCUCCAGUGGGAAACGGCAACGUUGCAAACGGGCACAUACCGAACGGUAACGGUGUUUCAAACGGUAAUGCGAACGGCUUCGCAAACGGCCACAUUCCGAACGGACGAGCCGACGCGACGCUGGAAGAUCUCGAGGACCCGGAACCGAUCCACACCAUCAGCAAGCACGUCGGCAACGGCGCAAGCAAGAUGGCGAACGGUUACGGCAACGUCGCGAACGGGCACGGACCGGUUAAGGCUUCACAGGUGGCCAACGGGUACGCGGGCAAUGACUUGCCGCAGUACGUGGAGCAGAGGAACAAUUACAACCCGGUGAAUUACAUGGACGGGCACAUUUAGGAUUGACGUUUGUAAUGAUUUAACAAGUUAAAGUGAUUCAGAUAUGUGAUAUAUAAACUAACUAAGUAUUAUGUAGGCUAAAUUACAGGUUAAAUUUAUCAAGGGGUGUUCCGGGUUAGAUGGUCGAUUUAAACACCAUUCUUGGUAUUUUUGUCUAAAAAAUUUCAACAAAACUAUUUUGCAGAAAGAACAAAUUAUAAAAGAAAUUUAAAAUUAAUAAUCAUUUUUACAUACAAUUAUUAUAUAGAUUAUUACAGGCCACUGUAAAAU